AUGGACUUUGAUGAAAUAUUCAAGUUUACUAUUGUUGCAAGCCAUCUCUGCAAUGAAUCAAAGAACCCCAAUUGUGUAGAGUCAUUCCCCAAAGUUGAUCUUAGAAACCGCCCAAAUAUUGCACCACUUUAUUUGUCCUUUGAUUUCUUUUGGAAGUAUUGCCCCUUGAGCAUUAUGUCUAUUGAUUUGUCCAACAACUCUAUGAAGGGUGGUUUUCCAACCGAUGUUUUCUGUUGCACCCAAAUCCAGUCUCUUGAUCUAAGUAUCAAUGCAUUUUCUGGUGACAUUCCAAUUCAAAGCUUCUCUCCCUUGACCAACCUCACUUUUCUCAACCUCUCCUAUAAUUGUUUUUCAGAGAGUAAACUGUCUGAUUCCCAAUUCUUCAAAAGGUUUAAUUCUUCUAGUUUUCUUCAUUCUGGUGCUCUCUUGGACCAAAAAAGGUUUACACUGAAGGCUGUUGCCCUAUUAGUUUGCUUUCCCACCCUUGUCAUAUUUAUGGUAAUUUGCUUGGUAUGGCUUUGUUUCCAAAGGCCUGAUUUUCUACCUAGUAAACUUCAAAGAGGUAGGAGGUUUACACCAGCAAUUCUAAAGGCAGCAACUGAUGGUUUUUCAAAUAAGUAUCUGGUGGGGAUGAGUGAUGUUGUUCACAUUUACAAAGGGAUCUUGAGAGAUGGUACAGAAGUGAAAAUUGAGAUGUACUGGGAUGACAUACCGAGGGAUAGUUACCGUAGAUUUGUUGAGGAAUGCAAGGUUCUGUGUAAGUUACACCACAAAAACCUUGUUAAAGUUCUGGGGUGGUGUAAGAGCAGAAAAUUCAGGGCCAUUAUAACAGAAUGGACAAGAGAAGAAAAUGUUGAAAUGUGGUUAUCAGGAUCAGGUCCACCAUGGAAUCAUAGAGUGAAAGUGUUAAUGGGGGUUGUAGAAUGCAUGCGUUAUUUGCAGGAGGAAUGGCCUGAAAUCGACUAUGAACUCGACACAAGUAGUCUUUUGCUGUCUGACAACAUGGAACCGUUAAUAUCAAGGUUCAAAGUUGGAGAUCACAACAACAAUCAAAGAAAGAUACAUAGGUUUGGAAUAUUUCUGCUAGAGAUGAUACUAAAUAAGAGGGUUCAAGAGGAGUUUGGAGGAGGUGAUGCUGGAUUUUUUACGUACAUGAGUAGAACUCUUAAUCUUGCAGAUUUGCUACAGAUGAUUGAUGAGAGAAUGGAAAUAAAUGAAACAAAUUUUCAUCAAGUUAAACAGACACUGUCUCUAGGAUCAAUGUGCAUAGACCAAUCAAAAAGUGAGAAGCUAAGCUUGGCCCUCAUACUUAACACUGUAUCAAAAGCCUACAAGGCUAGCCUUGUUUUGCCAUCUACAAAUCAUAGGAUAUUUCACAGGGAGAGAUUUAAGGGAAACGUGCCUCUUAAAACCAAUUAA